AUGCGUUUCGUUCUCCUUGCCACAGUGGCAGUCAAUGUCCUGCUCGUAACAGCAAAUGCAUCCGCUGAGGCUGAAGCCGAGACAGCGUUCCUUGAGACGGAUGCAUUCGCAUCCGAGGCGAACGUUGAGAGAGACACAGAUGCUGCGUUGCUUGAAGCAGUAGCAACAGCCUUCCUAGACCGACGAGACCCCGAACCUGAACCAGAAGCCCUCCCAGCCGCAAAGGUGGUGACCAAACAGCCCAGCAAAAACAAUGUGUAUAGCAAUUGCCCGGCGUCUUGCCCUGCACCUCUGCGAGCAGCGUUCGCUCCGUUCGCAUCUUGGCAAUUAGCGAAGGAUUACUGCGCUGCUGUCGCAAAGGGGACCUGCACAGAUAACCCCCGCUUCAAAGCCUUCAACAAAUCCCUGAUCAGAGACUCCCGGCAAUUCUGCUGCUGCAUUGCCAAACCCAGUGUCCCUCCUCCAACUAUCCCCACGACCCCAGGCAAUAACACAAACACCACUAUCCCAACACUGCCCGGGAACAACACCAAUACCACAAUUCCUACACCGCCAGGGAACAACACGAACACGACCAUGCCCACCCUGCCCGGGAACAAUACAAAUACCACAACUUCUACACUACCGGGGAACAACACGAACACUACCAUGCCCAACCUGCCGGUGAACAACACCAUGCCGACAUUGCCGGGGAACAACACGAACACGACCAUGCCCACUCUGCCCGGGAACAAUACAAAUACCACAACUCCUACACUACCGGGGAACAACACGAACACUACCAUGCCCAACCUGCCGGUGAACAACACCAUGCCGACACUCCCAGGGAACAACACGAACACUACCAUUCCCAACCUGCCAGGGAACAACACGAACACCACAAUGCCAAACCUGCCUGUGAAUAACACCAUGCCCACACUUCCAGGCAACAACACAAACACCACCAUGCCAAACAACACCAUGCCCACCCUGCCCGGGAACAACACAAACACCACUAUGCCAAACCUGCCAGUGAACAACACCAUGCCGACACUUCCAGGCAACAACACCAACACCACCCUCCCCACAAACAUCACCCUCCCCCUCCCCCCCGCCCUCAACACAACCAGUAACACCACCACCAACCUCACCACAAACACCACCUCCAACUUCACCACAAACUCCACAACCAACCGCACAAACAGCACCAACUCCACCGUCGGCUCCGGCACUGGUGGAACUAUCCGCACAUCCACAAACCUCCUAAAGCGCGCGUGGUACGCUUACCAGGAUUGGGUAACGGACCGUACACCUUCCAAUGGUGGUGAGCCUGUUGCGCUUCCGAGCUCGAGGACGGAUGUGCAGGAGAGACAGAGGAUGGGAGGUGCUGUGAUUCGACACCACAGGCAGCCGAGGGUUAUGGCUGUUACGGUGACGAGUGCGGAGGGGGUUACGGUGCAUUUGGAGAUUCCGACGGAGGGUGGGCAAGGGGAGGAGGAGAUGUAG